AUGCAAUUAGGAGAGGAGAUAGUAAUUAGCGGAGCUAGGGAAACAGAAAACGCAGAUAAGAGCUUUGUCAAACAGCCAGAUGGCUGCUUUAUGCUAAGACACCACAAUUGGCCAAUUUUAGCCAUCGAGGCUGGGCUGUCAGAGACAGAAGCCAGAUUAACCAUCGAUGCAAGACGGUGGUUAGAAACAAAAUGGUCCGAGACAGAAACUGUUAUUACGAUAAAAGUCGGCCGGAAUCUCCCACAUAUAUCUUUUAAGAGGUGGCAGCACUCCAAACCGCAAAGAGUUACACGGUCAACACGACAACAAGCAAAAGUGGUAGAGCAAGUUGAAAUCCAUUACAACCACCCUAUCGCUGAGGCCACAGGUGGAAUGGUCAUACCUUUUAAGGCUAUCUCAGGUCGUGGGCCGCAAAAUUCCAAAGAGCAUGACAUUAUUAUUAGCAAGACUAUCUUUGAAGAGGUAGCUAGGAGAGUAGCCCAGUCCUUCAAUUGA